AUGGAGGAAUCGUUAGACGGUCGGGAGAGCAGUGCGGUCGCGAGCGGGUUCGACUCCGCGGCUAUUUUGAACGAUGACGUAUCACCAACCACUAGCUUUUGCUACAAUAUACCGAAUUUAUUUAAUGGCCUUGGUCCUGGAUCAGUGCUAUGUGAACGUCCAGAUACGGAACCCAGUGAAACUUACACGCCGAGCACCGAACCUGUUGACGACAGUACGGAACACCAGCAGUACGAAGAUGAUGAAGAAUAUUCUCCUAAAUCGAAUUUGUUGGUUGCGUGGUUUCCGCUUAUCACACCUCAUUUUAACAUUUACUGUUUAUUUCUAGAUGCUAAAGGAGAUAUACCCAAACGGAAGCAAAGGAGAUACAGGACAACCUUUUCAAAUGUACAACUGGAACAGCUGGAGGCCGCUUUCCACAAGACUCACUACCCCGACGUGUUCUUCAGAGAGGAAUUAGCAAUGAGGAUAGAUUUAACAGAAGCUAGGGUUCAGGUAUGGUUUCAAAAUCGUCGGGCAAAAUGGCGUAAGCAGCAGAAAGCCGGUUGUGAACCUUACCCGGCUGCCGCUAGAGGUCCAAGGUCUCCUGAUGAAAGGUCACCUUCAGCUCUCGCUCUUGAGAUGAGAGACUUCAUCACUAUUCCUGUAUCAUCAACACAAAUGAUAAACCUAACUGAAACUCAAACACAGGCUUACGCAACGAAAUCAAAGCCUUCGCCGCCAGCCAUCCACAUAUCAGCCUUGCCAACAAGACAAAACCCUCAAGUCGACCUCCCAUCAUUUUCCAUACCUCUCCAAUACAACCUUGGAAGCUUCAAAAAGAUCGGUGAAGACGUCCAACUAGAUUUAGAAACUACUGACCAAAGUAACUGGGAUGCCAGAAUGAUCCCAAAUUUCAACCUUAUAAACCUAAAGCCGUUGAUAGAAGCCAGAGAAAAUGUUGAUAUGGAAAUAAAAUACGAAGUCAAGAACGAAAAUAGAAUUAAUUUCAAUGAAAUACAAACUGUGCAAGCUAUAGAAACUGAGGAUAUAUUAGGUAAGGAUGCAGUCAAUGAAGGACAGACGAUUUCACCAGAUUUCGAGAUACAGAGAUAUCAGAAUUAUCAAAAUGAUACCGAGAAACGGUUUAGGGAGCAAAGCUUUGAAGAUUCCAUUAUGGAAGAUGGAAGGAACGAUUUUGUAUGUGACGGUGACUUUCUUUGUAAAAACAAUUUUGAGAAAGUUGAUGAGAAACGAAAUGAAUUUGAGGAUUGUCAUCUUCUGGAUACUGAUAACAACGUUGGAAUUAGUAAUUUUGAAAGUAAUCUGUAAGAUAUUAAUUUAAUUACUAUAACGCAACUUAUCCCUACU